AUGGCGACACACCGAUUCGACCCCAAUUUCACCGACAAUGUUAUUAACUCUAUGGGUCCGAAGACCUCACCGCGCCUGCGCCAGCUCAUGACUGGAUUAAUCCGCCAUGUACACGACUUUGCGCGCGAGAAUGAGCUGACCGUUGAUGAGUGGAUGGCCGGUGUCAAGCUGCUCAACUGGGCCGGACAGAUGAGCGACGAUAAGCGCAAUGAGGGGCAACUGGUCUGCGACGUGAUCGGACUUGAAUCGCUUGUGGAUGAGAUUACUUUUACUUUGGCUGAUGAGGCUAAGGAUGCGCCUACCGCCACUGCUAUUCUUGGGCCGUUCUUCCGUGCGGAUACCCCAUACCGUGCGAACGGCGCCGAUAUCGUCGUGACUAAGCCCAAGGACGGCGAGAUGGCCUUCAUGCACGGCCGCGUUGUGGAUUUUGCUACUCAGAAGCCUCUCGUUGGUGCCAUCGUCGAGGUGUGGCAGGCUUCAACAAAUGGAUUGUAUGAGCAGCAGGACUCUGAGCAAGUUGAAUUCAACUUGCGCGGCAAGUUCAAGACCGAUGCUGAUGGGCGGUACUACUUCUACUGCUUGCGGCCGACACCUUACCCUGUUCCUGGCGAUGGGCCCGCUGGAAAGUUGUUGGAGCUUAUGGACCGCCACCCCUUCCGCCCUGCUCAUAUUCACAUUAUGGCUACUUGCGACGGCUACCGUCCUCUUACUACCCAGAUCUUUGACCGCAAGGACAAGUACCUGGACAACGACUCCGUGUUUGCAGUGAAGGACUCGCUGGUUGUAGACUUCGUCCCACGGGAGGGCGAUGCCCAAGCCGGCCUUGAGCUCAACUAUGACGUUAAGCUUGUGGCUGACGUACAAACCAACGGCGCAUGA